UUGAGGAUUUUAGUGUCGAUUCUCGAGUGAGCUAUGGGCAGGGUACAGCAUGGUACAGGGCGGCCACAUCCUGCAGCCAUCCUCGGUUGUCCAAUGGACAUGUUGACAGUGCGCGCUGCCAGCAAAUUCCUGCAGCACUAGGGCUCAGCGCGCGCGGGGCAGGUUCUGGGACACGGACACUUUAGAUCGGCGUCGGCAAGUGGCUAGGCCUUGAGCUUGAAGCUGAGGUAAAAAGGAUUGCUAGUCCUGUAUUGCGUGUUGCUUCUCCCAAUCCGGCCAAGCGUGCAGAUGGAGGAUGCCUCAGGCCAAGCUCAGGGUCGUGUCUUUCUCGCAGAGGCUGUGUUCCAGGCCUGCCUCACGUAUGCUCAUGUCAGCUGCGUUGAGGUUCAAGGGCUAUUGUUUGGCGACGUGGAGGAGGUGGAUGGUUCUUCUUGGAGCCGACCAGAUGUGACCAUCUGGGGCAUGCAGAAUCGCCUCACCGCAAACAGUGGGGAAUUCUUGGAGCUGCCAGCCGAAGAGCUGGUUUUCGCGCAGCAGGAGGCCGAGGACUUGGCAAAGCAGGUGGGAAGACCAACUCGAGUUAUAGGUUGGGCCAUUUCGCGCUCUAGAGCUGAGUCUCCCAAUGACGAGGACUUAGAAAGACAACUUCACUACCAACUGGUGGUAGAUGGCCACUUCGUGGGCCUCGCUGUGAAACCUGCGCAGCAGAAAGGCGCUGGGCUGCAGUCUGCCAUGACCGCCUUCCGCUCCGUGCAGCAGCAAGCCGACAGCUCCCGCUUGCGACAGACGCCGCAGGUGAUCGUCGUGCCGCAGUGCCUGCUUCUGCCUCAGGAUCCCGUUUCGCAUCUCAGCAUUGAGCCGUUGGUGACGAUGCUGGUUGAGGCCUGGGAGCGGCAGAAAAAGACCACGGACGACUCCGAGCGAAGCCCGCUCUGUGCGCGUGCAAGCGUCCGCUCUUUUUGCCGCCGUUUCGAAGGACUCAGCUCUCUCCUUCAGAAUGAGGAGAUCACCUUUGACAAGAACUUCAAGGAUGACAUUCCUCUAACCCGGCAGGUGCUCCAACUGCAGAGCCUCGCAGCAGAUUUGGACCACAACGCCGAGGUGCUGUCAGCGGUAAACCAGCAGAUGUCGAGCCAGGAUUCGCCCACGUGGCUUCCAGGAAGGACGCCGGGCGCGUUUCGACCAGAGCCACUUGAAACUCGACCACACGUCCAAGGUGGCGAGGCCAGCAAGUCGGAGGAGGGCGCUCAAGGCCAAUCCAAGCGCGUCAGAGGACCUGCAGUGAGCGCUGAGGCAGAGAUAAGGUGGCAAGACCAGCCGAAGGCGAACCGGGGAACGCAGGAACACACCAGUGCGCCAGCAAGUUCUGCCGGAGCGAUUGGUGCAGGCAAGUUUCUGCAAAAAGUGGAUCAGAGUCGCCGGCUUGCUGGAGGAAGCGCAGUCCAUUGCGACGAGGCGUCGAGCACCUCGACGCCAAGCGGCGCGCUAGAGAGCAGGCAGUGCUCUCGCAAGCCUGUGCGCAACACGGGCCUCUGCGCGCAGCGCAGCGGAAAGGCUACCCCACCAAGCUUGAUGAUGGAGCCGGAAGACCCGGCUCCUGAGAACAAGACAAAGCCAGCGGACGCUGUCACAGUGGUGGAUGUUGAUCUAGGGAGCAGGCCUCUCUUGAAGCGCAGGCGCGCCAUUGACACGCAGGCUGGAUGAGCCUCCUUGCUCGUGGCAGGCGAUGGGUUGAGACGGCUUCGCCAUCUGAACGUUGCCUGAGCGCAACCCUUGCAGGUGCUAGAAAUGCAGCACGCGGAGCGUUUUGGUCGCCGGCG